AUGACAUCAACAACAACAGUAAAGGAUCCAGCCGAGGCCAGGAAGCGCCGAAAGGAAAUUAUACAAUCCCAAAGGUCGGAUGGUGAAGCAGGGGCAGCGAUAGCAACAACAGCAGUUGCCGCGAGUACCACGAAUGCCUCGCUCAAUGAGUCAGUACCUGCUGCCCCAUUGACUGAGGAAGUUCUUCCUGCAGUGGGCGCUGGAGCUGAAAAGAAACCACCCAGAAAGCGCAAAGUAGAAAGCAUAGAAGAGGAAGAAGCAAGGAAGAAGACUCAGAUCCGCUACGAUCCCGAUGUUCCAAUGAGCAAAGAACAACUCGCUGCUUGGAGACGAGAAGCCAGAAGGGUUCGCAACAGAGAGUCUGCGGCUGCCAGUCGUCAAAGGAUCCGCAAUCGAAUUUCGGAACUGGAAGAUGAAGUUGGGGAAUGGAAGAACAAGUAUGCUCAAGCUUUGCAACGGUUGGAAGCCCUGCAGGGAUCGGGGGUAGCUGCCGAUGGAAGUGGAAAUGUAGUUUGA